AAGAACUAAAACAAAACUAACAGCAGGAUCAAAGCGUGUCUAUGUGUAUUUAUAGCUGCUUUGUGUCGGUUCGUUACGGUAAAUCGACAAGAAGUCGUUCCUGUUUGAAUAACAGUUAUUCUGAACAUGUGUCAGCUGUGUAUGUGAAUUAGAACACUUCACGCGCAGUAACAGCCAUGACGUGUACACUACCAACGGUCAUUCUGUUGUUCAGCGGGAAGCGAAAGUCAGGGAAGGACUAUGUGACAGAUUUAAUACAGAAGAGCCUGACAGCAGAGAUGUGCUGUAUCCUCAGACUGUCUGCGCCUCUCAAACAGCAGUAUGCUCAGGAUCAUAACCUCGACUAUGAGGAGCUGUUGGGUUCUGGUCAGUAUAAGGAGAGCUAUCGUGCUGACAUGAUCCGCUGGGGUGAGAUGAAGAGACAGCAGGACUCGGGCUUCUUCUGUAGACUGGCCAUCAAACAUGCCACACAGCCCGUCUGGAUAAUCAGCGACUGCAGAAGGAUGUCAGACGUGCAGUGGUUCCAUGAAGAGUUUCCUGAUAAAUGUGUCUGUGUUCGGGUGGAGACUUCUGAGCAGACGAGAUCACAGAGAGGCUGGAGAUUCACCACAGGUAUAGACGACGCUGAGUCCGAGUGUGGUUUGGAUGAGGGUGUGAAGUUUGACUGUAUCAUCAGGAACGAUGGAGCGGAUGACGUUCUGGAGAAACAGCUGGAGGGGCUACUGUCACUGAUCAGGUCACGGGAGGAGGACUCAAACGCACAAAAUAGUAUUAAACUGGAUUAAUAAAAGCUGCUUUUUUGCCACCUG